AUGUCAACUGCCUACAUUCCAACAUUACCGGAGAAAUAUUUACCUCCAAUCCAUAGAAAUGGAACGACGUUGAAUAAAGAAUUAUUCCAUAAGAAAGUCGAUCUUAUCGCCGUGUUUUUCCCUGACAGCAGACGUCUCCAGGGCUUUGUAAAAGCUUACAAAUCCGAGUUUUUGAAUUUAAGAGGAACUUCAAAUAUUGCCAAAGAUCCUACGAAUCCUCAAAGAAAGGUGGUUUUACUUAAUGAUAAAGUCACUUCUGUUGAUUUGAACUCAGAUAAUGUGCAACAGAAUUUGGCUAGUGAGGCAGUUAAUUUCCUCAAGGAAAGUGAAGCUGUUCUUGAGCCAUAUGAAUUGCAGUUGAAUUAUGAUUUCUGGAGAUUAGAAGAGAUCUUGACUGCUACUUUACCAGAAGAUUUGCUUGAAGAAAUCCCUUCAAGUUUCACUAUUGUUGGCCAUAUUGCCCAUUUCAAUUUAAAGGAAAACUACUUGCCAUAUAAGCAUCUUAUUGGACAGGCAGUGAUCGAUAAGAAUCCAAAAAUCAAAACUGUGGUGAAUAAGACUAGUUCUAUUGGUACUGAAUUUAGAACUUUCCCUAUGGAAGUUAUUGCCGGUGAAGAAAGAUUUGAUGUUGAGCAAUCUGAGCUGGGUUGUGUAUUUAAAUUCAAUUUCAAAAAUGUAUAUUGGAACUCGAGAUUGCAAGGUGAACAUAAUCGUUUAAUUGAAACUUAUUUCAAAAAAGGUGAGGUUGUUUGCGAUGUUAUGGCAGGUGUUGGGCCAUUUGCUGUUCCAGCAGGGAGAAAUAAAACAAUGGUUAUGGCUAAUGACUUGAAUCCAGAAAGUUACAAGUAUUUGGUGCACAAUUCGAAAUCAAACAGAGCCACUGAUUUCGUAAAAUGUUUUAAUAUCGACGGUGCUGAAAUGAUUAAGAAAUCGUCGCAAUUAUUAAUGGAUUGGUAUGAUGAGAAGGAAGGAAAAAUUACUUAUCAAUUGGGCUCAAGAAGCAAGAAAAGAAGAGGACAGGAUUCAAAGAAAAUUGAGACUGCAACUGAAACCUUAGAGAUGCCAAGAUACAUUAGCCAUUACGUUAUGAACUUACCAGAUAGUGCCUUGACAUUCCUUGACAACUACGUUGGUAUUUACUCAAAUGAAACUUACAAGCAAUUUAUUAAGGACAAGGAAUUCAAAUUACCAUAUGUUCACGUUUAUUGUUUUGAAAAGUUCUCUCAAGAUGAAGUGCCAGUACCAACUAUUGAAGAUUUAGAAGGCAGAGUUCAUAAAAGAAUCAAUGAAAUCAUGCAACAUACUUUUGAAAAGAGCUAUCUUAAGUUCCAUUUAGUGAGAAAAGUUGCACCUUCAAAGUAUAUGUUUUGCGUUAGUUUCAUUUUGCCUGAAGAGCUUGCGUUCAAAUGA